AUCUCUCUUCUCUUCUUCAUUUCCCACAGGGGACGAGCUCGCCAUGGCGACGAGCGGAGAUAACAACACGGCCCACACCACCUUCAGCGUCGACGAGGAGUACUCCAACGCCUUUCGCACCAAGUCCUUCGUCGACAUGUGGGCCAAAGUCCACCACCAGCUGAGGCGAACCAUCUCCUCCCCCUCCCCAUCCCACGGUCAUCAAGAAGGCCAAGCAGAAGAGGUGAAGGAUCGCCGGAGUUCCCACUCCUCUCCUCUCUCCUAUCGUUGCUACGCUCACCUCUCUGAGUUCCUCCUCGAGCCCAGCCAAGAGUCGCUCCUCGCCGCCACCGCCAGUGCCGGCGAUGGCGUCGCUCACUUCCACGUCCAUUCUCUUCUCCUCGACUACUUCGACACCACCUAUGAGGCCUGCGCCGCGUGCACGACUCUUCUCGCCUCCAUCGACCGCGCUCGCUCCCACCACCGCUCCAUCCGCCGCCUCCUACUGAAAUUAGCCCGCGCUCGCCUUGACAGCAAUUGCACCGCCUUCGCCAAGCUCAAGUCUCAUGUGGAGCUCGACAACCCCCUCUCCCCUGAAAAUUUGGCUCAUUUCCGCCAUGUGCACGCCUGCUACGGCUCGUUAGUCGACCGGCUUACGACGGCCAACCGGAGGAUCGCCAGGUGGGCAAAGCUUAUCCGAGCAGCGAAGAAGGCGUCCGGCGUCAUCCUAAUCGGCGCAUGCGGGGCUGCGAUGGUGGCAGCAUUGGUGAUCGCAGUGCAUACGGUGGUCGGGAUUGGACUGGCGGCGGUGGCGGCGCCGGCGGUGGUGGCAGGGCCGGGGGCGGCGGCGAGGUCGAUGUGGGGGAGGAUGGCAGGGAAGAGUCAUCUAAAGAGAGUCGGAGCGCAGGUGGAUUCAGCGGCGAAGGGGGCGUACAUAGUGGGGAGGGAUUUAGAUACGGUGAGCCGGAUGGUGCGGCGGGCGCACGACGAGGUAGAGCACGGGCGGGACGUGGCGAGGCUGGUGCUGAGGAAUCGGGAGCGGCCGCUGGUGAGGGAGGCGGCGAGGGAGUUGGAGGGAGGGAAGGAAGAGCUGGCGGGGCAGCUCGACGAGCUCGAGGAGCACGUCUACUUGUGCUUGAUUACUAUUAAUAGAAGCAGGAGGAUGGUGGCGCAGGAGAUGAUGGGUGGAGCUGCGCCGCCACCGGCAGCAACGUCGUAGAGCUAUAGAUGACUCUUUCUUUUCUUCCAUUUUU